CGUGGAGUCGCGCCCAGAAUUGUGGGAUCUGUCCAAUAAAAAGCAUUUUAAUGCAACAUUUAUAAAAAGAUCGUGGGAGGAAAUAGCCUGGGAAAUGGACAAAGAUGAUAAUAGUUGCAAGCUGGCGUGGAAGUCUCUACGGGACAGCUACAAGUACCACAAGUGCAAGCAGCCAAAGAGUGGAAGUGCUGGAGGAGACCCACUGGAGAAGCCAACAGGUGCUGCGGAGUGGGAUUUCGCCCCCUACAUGAGCUUCCUGCCGGACUUAUCCACGCAGAGGCAAACAACCCAUUCUGUGUUUUCGGAGAGCGACGGAGCACAAGCAAUGGACUACUCCAUUGAGGAAACUCAAGACCCUGUUGAAGUUGGCUUUUUGGAAGCGGAGGCGGAGCUGGAGGUCGAGCUGUCUGAGGCCCAAAAGGAACUGUAUUCCUAUGGUGGCGGAAGAAGGAGCGCCAAGAAGCGAAAGGUGGAGGAAACACCAGCAGCCAAAAUGUGCGACAUGCUGGGCAACUUUCUGGAGCAGCAACAAAAGGCUCCCCUUCCCACUCCUCCAAGGCCGGUAUAUGCCUACUGGGAGUCGAUUCUUAGCACGCUUCCUCCGGAACGUGCUGCCGAAGUCGAAAGGAAGAUGACCCGGCUUCUGUGGGAGGAGAAAGACGCCAGUUAA